UUCCUCCUCCUCUCCUCCUCUUCCUCCCGCUUCCCCGUCAUCUCACCACAAACACGCCCGCCCGCUCGUCCAUCGAUCUUUCUGCGCCUUUUAUUUUAUUUUCGCCUUCUUUCGACUCAGCGCCAAACGCAUGGCACUGACUGCCUCGACUUUCCCCGAAUUGGGUUUCUAGGGCGCUGCCUCGCUGGCUUCGCAAACCGGCCAAAAAUCUCCCUCACCAACCCGAGCCUCAAUACGCUAUCGUGCGAUUCAUUCUUUCCGGCCCGACAGCCCUUCUCCUACCGCGUCUUUCCGAUCCGUUACGGCUCGGCCUUCCAUGUCCUGUGCCUUUCUUUUGUAACAUUUCCUCGAAUCGCUUGCCGCCGUGCGCCCAGUCUCGUAUUCUCGACACUUUACCACCACAACACCGCUGACCACCUCCCUUCCGACCGCAAGCGAAUGAUACAGCAACGCCUGCUGUAGGGGAGAGUAUUACCUUGUCGAAAUCUUCUCGACAAUAGACACGGCUCUCCCGCGUCUCCAAGCCCCCGCUUCCAUCGCCAUAAUUCUCUGACAAGCCACACUCCCACGUCAUUUCGUGCCGUCGACAACAUGGCCGAAAUGUCAGAGGACGACGUGGGCAUGUCGGUGGUCGAAUGGUCGGCCCAUGAUGCCCCGUCUCCUUCAGAUACAUUAAAGUCCGACAUGGACCUGGAGGAUAGACAGGGCAUGGACGGUCCAUCGCAGCCCAUUCAGAAGCGACGCCGAGUAACCAGAGCCUGCGACGAAUGUCGACGAAAGAAAAUCAAGUGUGAUGGAAAACAACCGUGCACGCAUUGUUCUGUAUAUAGUUAUGAAUGUACAUACGAUAAGCCAUCUAACCGAAGGAGGAACCCGGCGCCCCAAUACAUUGAGGCUCUCGAGGGCCGGUUGCACCGCGCCGAAGCCAUGCUGCGUAAGCUGUUGCCCGAUAUCGAUCUCAACGAUCCCAAUCUCGACCCAUCAGUUCAGCAAGAAUUCAACAACCGCGAACAAAAUCGAGCCCAAGCCGCCAGCAAGAUUCAAAUCAACGCUCCACCCACUGCACCGCCCACGGCAGAUCUCAACGACAAGAAGCUGCUGUCUAUGAUUGACUCGAUCGGCCAGCUGGAGCUUGAUGAUAAGGGAGCCUGGGACUACCACGGUACCUCGUCCGGACCAGUCUUUUUGAAUCGCAUGAAGGAAAACUUUCGUGGCAUGCUCGACCCCGUCUCCGGUGGUGUCUUGUCGCUCCCUCGUGCCGAGCAAGAAUCCGGUCUGCUCUUCGGCCUCGACACAUCUAACCCGUUAAGCUAUUCCUCAUUUUCCACAAUGUCAGCAUACCCCGAGUUACCGCCGAAGGAUGUAGCCCAACGACUAUGCUACUACACCCUGAGUUGUGGUACCUGCUUAGUACGCAUCGUGCACAUUCCCUCAUUUUACGAAAAAGUAGAGCGCAUAUAUGAGGUCCCUCUCGACCAUCUCGAUCCAGAAGACAAAAACUUUGUCGGCCUCUUCUUUGCCGUCCUCGCCCUAGGCUGCAUGUACACUGCGUUUGACGACACAUCGGAAAAUGUGACUUACGAGGCUUCCAUCGAGCAAGGCCGCAAAUAUUAUCGCUACUCAAGAACCAUCCUCAAAGAGCUUACCGAAUGCCGCGACCUCGUCUCUAUCCAAGCUCUUCUCUUCAUGAUCCUCUUCCAGCAAGCCACAUCCGACCUCAGCGCCUGCUAUUCAUUAAUCGGUAUUGCCCUGCGCUCAGCUCUCCGCAUAGGUUUACACCGCAACAUCGAUCACGACCAGAUGAAUGGCGUGCAGCAAGAAACACGAAAGCGCGUAUUCUAUGUAAUACGACAGAUGGACAUUUAUGUAUCCACACUGCUCGGCUUCCCGUUGAUGCUGCAGCGUGAGGACAUUGACCAGCCGUUCCCUGCAGAGAUUGACGAUGAGUUCAUCACCAUUCAGGGCAUCAUCCAACCACCGCCGGGCACACCAUCAUUUUUUCAAGCGUUCAACGCCCAUACGCGCUUGAUGGAGACGCUGCACAAAAUCACCAAAUACGUAUAUCCCACGCAGGCAUCUGCGCAAGGCGCCAUCAAGGGCAACAAACCCACACAAACAUAUCUUAUCAGCUACAGUCGUAUAAAAGAAAUAGAAACAGAUCUGCACGGGUGGUUUGAGAAACUACCCGAGGCAUGGAGACCCAGCCCUGAAGGGCCUGUAGAAGUAGUCCGUGUCCGACAUCUUUUGCGAUUCGCUUACGCCCAUGUUCAACUCGUUCUGUACCGCCCUUUUAUACACUACAUCUCACCCCGACUUAACCAAGGCAUGAAGGUGGACGAGCUGUCGUAUGCUUGCGCGGCCGCCGCCGUCAGUGUUUCACGAAACAUUGUCCAUAUUGGCCUGGAGAUUCGAAAGCAGCGCGUGCUUAGUGGACCGUACUGGUUUAUGCUCUACACAGAAUUCUUUGCCGUUCUGACGCUCAUAUUUUACGCCGUUGAAAACCCUGGUAAGCCUGGUUGCGCCGAGGUUUUGAGUGACGCGCGCGCUGGUCGCCAAAUGAUUGCUGAGCUCGCCAACAAGAGCCAGGCGGCGCAAAUGAUCACAACAGCAUUGACGGCCUUGUUCGAGCAAGUGCCCGAUAUGAUGGAACAGGGUCGUGUGCGAGCGCUUGCGGCCAAGAAGAGAAUGGCUGGCCCUCAAAAGCCUAGCCUGAUGGCAGCACAGCACCAAGCCAUGGCAUCGCAGGUGAUGCCGCCGGCGCAAAACGGCCACAUGUCCAAUGGCACCUUUGGCACGCCCGGCUCCAUGACGUCUCUCGACCAGCUUACCGCGGACCAGUUCCACGACCUCGCAUUUAGCGGUAGCAUGCAAGAUCUAUAUCCGAUGGAGGUGUCGUCGCGUGCAACGCCCGAAUCGGCCACAUCCAGCGCCAACCACCACGCGUUUGUAACGCAGGCCAUGGCCGCGCAGGGCCUACAGAACCCGGUACACAAGCUCGACUCCCUCAUGUUCCCUUCGGACGACCCAUUUGCAUAUCCCAACCAGCCAAUGAUGGAGCUUGGAUACCAACCCAAGGGCGGCGACGACACCGCCAUGGUACAGGACCCCAACUUCUUCUUCGGCAACGAGUCACUCGGUAACCUCAACGACGACUUCCUGAACCAAACCCAACAGUUCCUCAUGCAGGGCCAGGCACAGAGCCAAGGCGGUAUGGGCCUCACGUCGAACCUCUUUGGCCAGAACAUGAUGCUCGGCCUCCAGAACCAACAACAACAGCAGCAGCCCCAGCAGCCCAUCCCGACACCGCACGUCCAGACACCGCAGAUCUCGCGCCAGCCAUCUCAGCAGUCGCAGCUCUCCCAGCUCUCCCAGCAGCAGGCACAGCAAGCACAAGUACAGCCGGCACAGCGCAAGCCCAAGGUCCAGCGCCCCAGCGUGUCCCAGCCCCAGCAGGCUACAGCAACACCGCCUGUCGAACAGACCAGACAACAGCAGCGCGGCCGCCUCGGCCUAUCCUUCUUCAACCGCCGUGUGCGUGCUGAGCGCCAGCAAGAGCGCCAGCAGGAGCAGCAGAUUGACCAAAUCUUUACCGAGCACGGCAUGCAGGCCGAUUUCGGUAGUUUCUUUGGUUCUGGCAGAGGUGGUUUCCAGGGCAUGUAAAAUCGGUGCAGUCCGCCGCUUGUUAUCCCUACCGUCACUUUUUAUUUUUUCUAUUUGUUUGCCUUUUUGGGAACGAUACCCCGUUUACAUUUUGUUUUUUUGGGUCUGGUAUACACAACACAUAUACACGCACACACACCUUCUUUUGACAGUCUUGUCAUUUUUGUUUUGUUUUUGAUGAACCAUGGACGGAGCAGGCUGAAAUUUUUCUGGCAGGAAAAAACGGAGUUUUAUUAUAUUGUUUAAAUACUGUUAUCGGGACAUUUUUCUUAUGUUCUGAGCGGGAGCUUUUGUUCAUGAAGGUGCUGGGGGUGUAGAUAUAUAAAUGGAUAUUUCUGUUUUAUCUUGAA